AUGUCAACCACUCAAGAAUUAAAGAAUGCAAUUGAAAGGUCAAAAAAGAUUGAAAUAAUGAGAGAAAAGAAAGAAUACCAAAGUAGAAAGAUGGAUAUUGAAGAAUUGGAUUUAGAUUGCUAUAGAACUAUUUAUCAAUUAAUAGGUCAUAUAUUUAAUGAUAAAAGAGAUGAGUUGAUGGCUACAAAAAAAAAAUAUGAAGACCUUCAAAACUGUUACACUCAAGUAACUACAAAAUUAAAUAAAACUAUUAACAUUAUCAAUGCAAAUCCAAAUGCAUAUCCUGUUGUAAAAAAAAACCAACAUCCUGAUUUAGCUGUAGAAGAAUACCAACAACAAAUUCAAAAAAAUUUCGUUAAGAAAUAA